CGGCGCGCCGGGCGCCAGGCUCCAGUGCAUCCCUCGGCGGCCCGGGAGUCCCGAGCCCCGCCCUCUGUGCCUGCUGUGCCCCCGCUGCCGCUGCUGCACGACGCAGGAGACGCCGGAGAGGUGGUGCUUGGAGUUCUGCGGAGAGCUCUCGAGUGCUUGCAUCUGCCUCAGAGACCCAGGCUGCCCGUCGCCCCGGACUUGCUGCCGGCGUGGAGCCAUGCGCUGUGUCCCAAACUGCAUCGUCCCCGUGGGGCUGGUGUUGCUGGUCUGUGGGACCCAGGGCUUCUUCCUGCCCAAUGUCACGCACCUGGAGAAGCUGCUCAGCAAAUACCAGCAGGACGAGCCCCACUCCCGGGUGCGGAGGGCCAUCCCCAGGUCGGACAAGGAGGAGAUCCUCAUGCUUCACAACAAACUUCGGGGCCAGGUGUACCCUCCGGCCUCCAACAUGGAGUACAUGACCUGGGAUGAAGAGCUGGAGAGGUCGGCGGCCGCGUGGGCGCACGAGUGCAUCUGGGAGCACGGGCCCACCAGUCUGCUGGUGUCCCUCGGGCAGAACCUGGCCGUCCACUGGGGCAGGUAUCGCUCCCCCGGCUUCCACGUGCAGUCCUGGUACGACGAGGUGAAGGACUAUACCUACCCCUACCCCAGCGAGUGCAACCCCUGGUGUCCAGAGAGGUGCUCCGGGGCCAUGUGCACCCACUACACACAGAUAGUCUGGGCCACCACCAACAGGAUCGGCUGUGCUGUGAACACCUGCCCGAGGAUGAACGUCUGGGGAGAGGCUUGGGAGAACGCAGUUUACCUCGUCUGCAAUUACUCACCAAAGGGGAACUGGAUCGGAGAAGCCCCCUACAAGACCGGCCGGCCCUGCUCCGAGUGCCCGCCCAGCUACGGAGGUGGCUGCAGGAACAACCUGUGUUACCGAGAAGAGACUUACAACCAAAAACCUGAAACGGACGAGAUGAAUGAGGUGGAAACGGCUCCCGUGCCCAAAGAGAAACACGUCUGGGUCCAGCCGAGGGUGGUGAGACCCCCGAAGCCCAAGAAGGCCCCCACGGUGCACUACAUGACCCAAGUUGUCAGGUGUGACACCAAGAUGAAGGACAAGUGCAAAGGGUCCACGUGCAACAGAUACCAAUGCCCAGCAGGCUGCCUGAACAGCAAGACGAAGAUCUUUGGAACUCUCUUCUAUGAAAGCUCCUCCAGCAUUUGCCGGGCCGCCAUCCACUACGGGAUCCUGGGCAACGAGGGGGGCCUGGUGGACAUCACCAGGAACGGGAAGGCCCCCUUUUUCGUCAAGUCCAAGAGAAACGGCGUGGAGUCUUUGAGCAAAUACAAGUCUUCCAGCUCAUUCACGGUGUCAAAGGUGAAAGUACAGGACCUGGACUGCUACACCACCGUGGCACAGCUCUGUCCGUUUGAGAAGCCGGGGACCCACUGCCCGAGAGUUCAUUGUCCAGCGCACUGCAAAGAUGAGCCAUCCUACUGGGCUCCGGUGUUUGGAACCAACAUCUAUGCAGACACGUCCAGCAUCUGCAAGACAGCCGUGCACGCAGGCGUCCUCAGGAGCGAGAGUGGGGGCUACGUGGACGUGAUGCCCGUCGAGAAAAAGAAGACCUAUGUGGGCUCACUCAGGAACGGAGUUCAAUCUGAAAGCUUGAGGACCCCUCGAGAUGGAAAGGCCUUCCGGAUCUUUGCCGUCAGGCAGUGAAUGUCCAGCGCCAGGCAGAAGGGGGCAUCUUCAAGAGGGCUUUGGGUUUUGCUUUUUAUUUUUAUUUUAUCAUUUGGGGGGUGGGCGGGGGAUAUGGAGAGGCAGGAAACUUCCUUUGAAUGGUGUUCAGUGUCCCACCCUUCCUGCCUCGGUCUCAUCUCCGCACCACGGAGAAGCAGCAUCCUCAGGAUCCUGGCCGGACAGCUGGUGGCCCAUCCUGCUGACACCUGGCGGGUCUCCUUCCGGGCACUCUCCUUGCACAGCGUCCUGAGAUGUCCCUUGCCGUGCGCUCUUCUGUGGGUGGAGAGAGGAUUCCAAACCUGCAGAGAGCAGGGGCUGGGAGCUCACGCCAGGAGCCAUUCGGGGGCAAGGGGAGGGGCACUUGAGCACGCAAAGGGUGAGUUUCAGGAAUGGAGAAGAAGGUAGUUAUUUAAAAGUUUUAAAAAACGCAGUCCGUCCCUAUCAGUGAAGAAACAUAGGUUUAAUGUUUGCUGGUCAGACAAAUGGGCCGGAACAAGGGGGUGGGAGGUGUGAGACCUGGGCUCUGCCCUGGCACCUGCCCCUGCUGGCACCUGCCACAUGCAGGCUGGCUCUCUUCACAGCAGUGCUGGUUUAUUCCGAGUUCAGCAGGAACUCCAGAGAUUUAUCUUGUCUUUGUCCCUCCCUGCAUCCACGUGGCCUGUCUGUGUGCUGCCAUGACCUUUGGUCUCGUUGAGGACGAAUGAACCAGGACCCUUUCUUUACCGGCUCCCCACUGUGGCUCACGGCCCAGCCCGGACUUAUUCCUGCACCCCAUCUCGCACCAGAGGCUUUGUUUUGCAGGCGAUUCUGUUUGAAGCCCACUUUUUUUUUUUUUUUAACUCCUAGUCUCUUUCGGCUCCUCUGAGAUGCCUAAGGACGGCCAAGAAGGGCUGUUUUCUUGCUGCUUUUUCAAAUGACAAAUGCGUAGGCUCACCCUCCAUCGGGUGACCUAUUUUCUAGCAAUGAGAGGAAUGGAUUCCUUAGGACAUUCCUUGCCUACGUUGGCAGCUGAUGGCAAGAGGAACCAUGUGUGGUCAUGAAACCGUCCUGCGGCGUGAUAACAAGAGACGGCAAUGUUCAGGCAGGAUUUCUCUUCCUGUUUUAAUGAACAUUUCUUGCCAAAUGUUCCGUGGGCUCCGAGGAGCACGGUGCUCUCUGGCUUCCAUCGCUUUAUAAAAGCUCAUCGUCAGCCCAGGCCAAACACCCACAGUGAAAUGAAAUACCCUUUUGUAAAUAGCAUUUCUGUGCAGAAAGUAAAAUCCCACCCCUCCACCACCAGGCUGGCCCAUAGGUCACUUUUGUGAAUGCCCAUUUCGCAUUCGAUUUCCCUCUCCAUCAGAAUGUUCUGGAGGCAGAGGAACCAGGAGAAAGUAAAAAAAAAAAAGGAAGAAAGAAAGUAAGUCUGGACGAGGUCCUCUACCUGGGGAAUCAGGUGGCAGCCUGUUGCUGAGACCCUCUAAUUAAUGCAGAAGCCGAAGGUAAAUCGCUGCCCUGCCUUCGAGGGUUUGUAAAAGUGAGGAAACGCCAGCCUGAUGGAGCUGCAAGGAGCCGCCUGCCCUGUUUCCUCAGGUGGGGUGAGCUCGCCGUGAUUCGUAGGCUCUGACUCUUCAACCCCAAAUGACAGAGCGAAAGGAUUUGGUCAGCCUGUCGGGUGUCGUGUCUGGUUACAGCCAGAUCUGCAGACUUGGAAACCUCUGGACUCGAGGUGUCGUGCUGCCGGACCUGGGUUUCAUGGGACUUUUGCUGUGUCGCCAGCCUUGGAGGCUGUGGUUCCAGGGAAACAGCACAUUUAGGUUUUAGGAUCAGUGACAGUCCAGGGGUAGCCCGGUGGGUUUCCUUUUGAAUUGUCCCUUGAGGGAGAAUCUGGAACUGCCAGUUUGUGUCCGUUCCAUCUUUUUAAAAUAAAGAAGCCAGGUUCCUGAAUCCCUCAUUAACCGGCCCGUCUAAUGGGACAGAAAGUCCUCACUCAGAACCAGAGCUUGCUGUCUUUUUUAUCCUCAAAAACAUUUUGAAACUGGAACAGUUUUUUCUUCCGAAAAUGGAACCAAGGUUGCGAAGUAUAAAAAGCCCUCAGUGGGAGACCACCUCUAAUUGUGUGUGUUCAAGGGGUGGUUGUGUCAUUGGUCCUUAACCCAGAAAAACAUGACACAUCAGGCCAACAGUGUUCCUGGGCCUCCUGCCCCCAAAAUGACACGUUUCUGUUUCCUUCAGACCUUUGCCCCACCGUGUUCUGAUUUUUCAUAUUGUCUGUAGGCUCACUCAGCCCGCAGCUUACGUGUGUGCUUUUUUCUAUGAAAAAUGUUGUAUUUUACUACUUCCCGUGUACAAAAGUUUAUUGUAAAUUUUGUGUGUGUGCUUUGCAUCAACAGGGACCACGUUGCUAUUGUUUCAAUAAAACCGGUUUGAUUUCUAAAA